CUUGUUAUUCAAAGGUUUUCAAACGACAUUCUAAAUUUCUAAUUACCAAAACACCACUGCUUGCGCCAUAAACCGCGUUCCAAAAUUCCCAUUCGAAUAUAUCGAUUGCUUGUUCACUUCACCAAAAUGUUCUCCCAUUUAUUUCCUACAAUUGUUUUCCCCUGUUUUCAAUCCUACCCUUUGAUCAUCAAUCAUCAUCGUUUCAUCAUUUCUAGACACGCAGAGAUUUUUGUAGAAGAAGGGACGACAUAAGUGGAUGAAUGGCGAGCAGAAGGGACAUUAAUGGCGGAUUUGGUCCUCAAUAUGAUCAUCAAACCACCCCUCCAGGUGUUCCAGGUCGAACAUUUUCAAAAGCUAAUAGUCUCCAUGUGGAGAUAUCGUCAGACACCUUGGAAUCAACCUCAUUUCAGCACCGACUUCAAAGAUCAAAAACUGAGAGGCUGAGACAUGAAACCAUAUUUACUGCAGAUGCAGCUCAAAUAUUAGAUAAUAAAAUUCCCAUUGAUCAGAAGUUUAAAUUGUUGCACAGAGUAACUACUGUGAAAGAUGAUGGGACUGUUGAGUUUGAAGUUCAGGGAGACAUUGAAUCUCAAUCUAUUAAUGUUGAAUCUGAAGAAAUUUUCAGUAACGUUCAUGAUGAACACCUUGAUACAUCUGACUUUCAGUACAUAAGGCCCAUGCAAAUAGUAAUACUUAUUGUCGGAACCCGUGGAGAUGUGCAACCAUUCAUUCCAAUUGGCAAGCGUUUGCAGGACUAUGGUCAUCGUGUUAGAUUAGCUACUCAUCCAAAUUUCAAGGAAUUUGUCUUGAUGGCUGGGUUGGAAUUUUAUCCUUUAGGAGGAGAUCCUAAACAGCUUGCAGCUUGUACGUACUUGACAUCAUUUUCUUUGAUGUAUGGCCUGUCAUUUGAUAUGGUAAGAAAUAAAGGCUUCUUGCCUUCUGGGCCUUCUGAGAUACUUAUUCAAAGAAAUCAAAUGAAGGAAAUUAUUUAUUCCCUUCUUCCAGCUUGCAAAGAUCCUGAUAUGGAUUCUGGUAUUCCCUUUGAAGCAGAUGCAAUCAUUGCCAACCGCACGGCAUAUGGGCACACACAUGUGGCAGAGGGACUUAAGCUACCGCUUCAUAUAUUUUUUACAAUGCCAUGGACGCCAACUAGUGAAUUUCCACAUCCAUUAUCCCGAGUCAAGCAACAAGCAGGGUAUAGGCUUUCAUAUCAAAUCGUUGAUUCCUUGAUUUGGCUUGGACUGCGAGACAUUGUUAAUGAUUUUAGGAAGAAGAAGCUGAAGAUACGACCUGUAACAUAUUUAAGUGGUUCACAAUCCUCUGAAUCUGAUGUGCCACAUGUUUAUUUGUGGAGUCCAUACCUCGUUCCUAAACCAAAAGAUUGGGGGCCUAAGAUUGAUGUUGUAGGUUAUUGCUUCUUUGACCUUGCAUCAAAUUUUGAACCUCCCGAAUCACUUGUGAAAUGGCUUGAAGCUGGGGACAAGCCUAUCUAUAUUGGUUUUGGCAGCCUUCCUGUACAAGAGCCAGAAAAGAUGACACAAAUUAUCAUACAAGCAUUGGAAACCACCAAACAGCGGGGUAUCAUUAACGAAGGGUGGGGUGGCCUUGGAAAGUCUGCAGAACAAAAGGACUUCAUAUAUUUGUUGGACGACUGCCCUCAUGAUUGGCUUCUUCCUAAAUGCAAGGCUGUGGUGCAUCACGGUGGUGCAGGAACAACAGCUGCUGGUCUAAAAGCUGCGUGCCCUACUACAGUUGUUCCUUUCUUUGGUGACCAACCUUUCUGGGGGGAACGAGUACAUGCCAGAGGAGUUGGCCCUCCACCCAUCCCGGUUGAUGAGUUCUCACUUCCAAGAUUGGUGAAUGCUAUAAACUAUAUGCUUGAUCCCAAGGUAAAACAGCAGGCUGUCGAGCUUGGAAAGGCUCUCGAGAAUGAGGAUGGGGUCGAAGGAGCAGUGAGAGCGUUCUUCAGGCAACUUUCUAGUAGGAAAAUUGAGCCAGAGCCUGAACCUCAAAAGUCGAGUCUUUUGUUUAUUAGAAGAUGUUUUGGUUGCUCUUGAACCUUGGAUUGGGUGGGUUCUCAAUUCAAUUUGCAAAAAUACAUUUUUGCUGAAUCUUGUGAAGAAUGAGGAUUUGUUCAUGGGAUGAAAAAACUACAGUGAGAGCAUCAUGUAUUAUAAUUGUUGUAAAAUUUAUCAUGUAUUAUAAUUGUUGUAAAGCUUAAGGUUAGAGAACUAAAUGGGAGAUGGACAGAUUGUUCUGUAAAGUCAAGAAUUGUGAUUGUGUGGUGUAAUAAAAGUUUUCAAGUGUCAUUGUACAAUAAAAUUUUAUA